UUCCCUCUGAGAUCUUAAGCUGGUGUUGCUCGCCAGGCAUCUGCCGGGGUCCAGUAAGCACGGCAGUGAUUCGUUUUUCCAUCCGCUUUUCCGCUGGGCUUUGGUUUUAAGUCAUCUGUCUGUCAAUCAUCAUCAUCCAUCGCCAUGUUGCCGACCUCGGCAGCGCCUUACCUCGAGAAGGCCUCCGCGGGCGUGCGGGACAUCAUAUCGAUGGUGUCGUCCUCCGAGUCACAGUACUUCGAUGAGGAGAAGUUCUCAGAGGGAGAGGUCAAACGGAGCCUCAACGAGCUGGCCGUCGACAAGAAGCUCGAGGCCAUGAAGCGAGUGCUCGCGGUGAGUCACCAAACCAUGGAAAAGGCGAUUUCCUGCAUGCAUGUGCGCAGAUCUCUCUCUCUCUCUCUCUCUGAUGUGUCUGCCUGCCUGCGGUUGGCUGUGUCCGUCUGUCUGUCUGUCAGGCUCACUCGAUAGGUCGUGACGUGAGUCGGUUGUUCCCUGAUGUGGUCAAGAACAUCUUCACGCCCAACCUGGAGCUCAAGAAGCUCGUCUACAUGUACCUCGUCCAGCACGCAGACGGCAACAGGGAUCUGGCACUGCUCUCAAUCAACAGCUUCCAAAAGGUGCAAGCACAAGACAGACAAGAAAUGGCAUGCAUGGCACCAAGACCAUCCAUCCAUCGUUCUCCUUCUUUGUCGCAGGAUCUGAGUGACCGCAAUCCUGUUGUGCGUGCGUCGGCACUGAGGGCGAUGGCGUCGAUCCGUGUGCUCGAGAUCAUUCAGCUGGUGGUCUUAGCAGUGAGGAAGGCCUCCACCGACAACUCGCCCUACGUGCGCAAGACGGCAGCGCACUGUAUCACCAAGGUCAGUUCAGUUCGCCAAGGGAGGAAGAAAGAUGCCCAAAUGGAGGGAGGUCUUGAUUGUCCGUGUCUUAUCUAUCUGUUUUGGCGCGCGCGUGCAGGUGUAUGCGAUCGAUCCUGAUCAGUUCUUGCCUCUGCGUGAGAUACUGCUGAGACUCCUCAGUGACAUCGAGGUCAGACAGAAGGAAUCUCCACUCAGACAACAAGCAGGCACUCACUCACUCACUCACAUGGUUGCUUAUCUGUUGGCUGGCAGGUGUGUGUGGUGGGCACCGCCAUGGUCGCCUUCUCUGAGGUGCGCGUGGCGUGCAAGCAUACACAGUGGCAAUGCCUGCGUGUCUGUCUGGACACGGCAGUGACGGCCCUCUCCUGUGCUGUGUGGUGUGUGUAGAUGUGCUUGAUCUCGCCCCCCGAGCCCACUGAGGACGCCACCCAGGCAAACAGCGAAUCGCAUGAGGCAUCGCAAUCGCCACAGACAGCCAACCUGGCGCUGCUGCACUGCCACUAUCGGAGGUAAAACAGGGAAGGUGAACACACCUCCUUAAGGUCACUGACGGCGUGCUGCACGUGUGUGUGGCUGUCAGGUUGUGUGGGUGUCUGCUCCAAAUGGAGCCCUGGGCGCAGGCAGUCACUAUCGGUGAGUGAGUGAGUAGAGUGAGAGAUCGCGCAGAGGCCGGCAUGGGAAGCAGGACUCACGUGUGUUUGUCGUCUGUCUGUCUGUCUCUCUGCGUGUGAGGUCAGACGUGUUGGUUCGCUACUGCCGGACGUUCUUCACCGACCCGAGGGAAGACCAGCUCAGGCUCAAAAUGCUCAGUGGUACACAGAGUAAUGACAACGGCCGGCGACAAGAGAACAAGCAUUGAUCUCAAUGGCGACUUGUGUCUGGGUUGUGGCUGGUGUGUCAACCAGAGUGUGGUCCCGAAGGAGAUGCGAGAACAGCCUCCUCCACGAAGCUCUCGGUGCCGCCCCCGUCACCCGACCUCAAGCAGUUCAUCGCAACACUCACUCUCCUCCUCAAAGCACAGGUAGGUUCCCACCAGCUGGUGUGACAGCAGACUGCAUCCCUUAUCGGUCCCUUUCUCCCUCAGUACGUCACAGUGGUCGUGUCGGCAGCGUCCGCCUUGUUCUACCUGGCGCCUUUGGAUGAGGUGCGCAAGAUGGUCAGGCCGCUGAUACGGGCGCUCAAGACGGCAGCCGACGACCUCACUGACCCCGUGCUGGCCGUCCUGAAGCCCCUGAUCGAGGCCAUCCCCCAUCUGUUCAGGCCGCACAUACGGGACUUCUUCGUGCUGUAAGCAGGGAGGAAGAUGCGACGGAUAUGGGUGUCUGAUUGUUGGUGCCAUGUGGGUUCAUUCGUUCAUGCAGAGUGUCUGACAGCCCGCGCGUCAAGAUGAUGAAGCUGGAUAUCCUUGACACGCUGUGCGACGGUACCAGCUUCUGACACACACAGGCAGACACACUGCAGCAUUUUGUUAUCCUCUCGUCGCCUCCGUGCAGUGACGAAUGUGCAGCUGGUGCUCCGAGAGCUGCAGGUCUACGUCCUAUGGCCAGGUGCGUGUGUGUGCAGAAAAUCAUCAGGCGGCAGCCAAAUGGUACCACCAGACAGGUGCUCUCCUCUGUGGGCAUGGCCUUGAUGUGAUGCAGACAACCCGGCCUUCAUGAGUGCAGCGAUGCGGUCCAUCACCUCAAUCGCCCUGAGGGUCGAAUCCGUCACAGACAGGUGAGUGAGGGACUUGACCUCACUGGGCAUAAGGCACCACCGACGGAUGCUGGCUGGUGUGGUGUGGUGUUUGUCCUGUGUGCUCUUCCCUUCAUUCAGCUGUCUUCGUGGCCUGAUCCGCAUGCUCAACUCGCAGAACCCUGCACUCGCUGCUGAGGCCGUCGGUGAGGCUGGCAGGCAGGCACACCCAACCCUGACUGACACACACGACAAGUGCACUCCAGACGUCCAUCAGGUGUCUGUCUGCGUGUGUGUGUCGGGUCGGUCUCCUGCGUGCAGUGUCGGUGCGCACGUUGCUGCAGCAGCGGACCAAGACCGACACACUCGCGCCCAUUGUCAACCACCUGGUACGUACCCACCCACACACCAUACGUACCCACCCACACACCAGACAGACAGGCAGAACUACAUAGAGGCCCACAUGGCAUGGACCCCCUUUCUCUCUGGUCUGUCUGUGUCAGCUGCGGUAUCUGACGGCGCUGACAUCGCCCACCGCCCGUGCGUCAGUGGUGUGGAUCAUCGGCGAGUACCAGGGCGAGAUCCCAUACGUCGCACCAGACGCACUGCGCACACUCACGCAGCGAUUCGCACAGGAGCCCGAAGAGGUCAAGCUGCAGGUAUGCAGAGGGACCACCGGCCCCUCCCUUCCUCCCUCAUGUGUGCGUCUGCAUAUCGUCUGCUUGCCUUCUGAGCAGAUAUUGAGUCUGGGCAUGAAGGUGUGGGCCUUCCACUGCUUCAACCAGCAGCGACCGGCCCCCGAGGCCAUCAACGGAGAGACCUCCACUGAUGCACCGGCCCCUCCCUCCCAAACUGACGCCUCUCCCAAGAAAGGGCCACGACAAUUCUCGCCACUGCCAACCCCGAGCGACAAGGUGUGCCCUGCUCAUGUGUCAAAAGGUCAGACGACAGAGGAGGACGCUUGGUCCACGGAUGCGAUGCAUGUGUGUAUCGUGUGCCUGCCUGGUUUGUGUGGGCUGCAGCCAUUUUUCCGCGCCUGACGCAGCUGUUCGAUCACCUGACGAACAUGGCGCUUCACGACGUGAGCUACGACGUGAGGGAUAUGGGGAGGGCAUACAGCCUUGUGGUCGAGGAGGCCAAGAAGGUGAGUGAGCCAGGCCACACACACAGAGAGAGGCUGAAGGACGGCAACUCUCUCCUGUGUGCAUCUGUCAGAUUCUUGAGAGCGGGCAGAUUCCCCCUGUCGAUGAUACCAAACGAAGUGAGGGAAAAAACAGAUCGAAUGCUCGUGGAUGCUGCAUCUGACGUCUGCUGUGGUGUAUGUGUGUGUGUGUGUGUGUGUGUGUUGCAGCAUGGUCGUCUUUCUGCUGGUGGUACCUCGAGCUUUGUCUCUCGUCGGCUGCGCGCAAGGGCGAACAAGGUGUGGAAGAAAGAGACAUCACCGACACAAUCCAGUCAGUCGAAAUGGGUGCAUCCACGUUGUCUGUCUGACCAGUGCCCGCAGCUGCUGACAUAGAGGAGCGGCUUCGGCGCAACCCUCUGUUCGAGUGCAGCCAGCAGCUGCAGCGCCAACGAGAGCGGCAGAACCAGCAGCGAAAGGACAGCAGCGGCCCCAGGCCUCGCGAAACGCGAUAUCACCUCCCGUCACUCGCACACACGGUACACACGGCCACGUGAAUGUAUGUCCUAGGCCACGCCACCCACUUGCUUCCCUCCCCUGUUGUGUGUGCUACGUGUUGUGAUUUGAUGUGCAGCUGGGCGAGUUGCUGCCUGGAACUCUGCCUCUCCCUGCGUUCCCAGCGGAUGCGUCGCCCGACAGCAUCCGUGACGCCCCUCCCCCGCCACCCCCUCCCGCCACAGAGACCAGGAGCAUCGAAAGCAGACGUAAGCCAGCAGAGAGAGAUGAAAAGAAAGCGACGGAACGGGUGGGAAGACGGUCCAUUGUGUGUGGGUGUGGAUGUGUUUCGUGGUUUGUCAGCGGCCGUCCCACCCCCAGCUGCUUCGGCUCCUUCAUCGCGGGUGCCCAAGCUCGAGACGUUUGAGGACCUGGAUGCAUUCUACAGGUGGGCGACUGGCACGAUCGGACGUCGUUCUGUCAAAGCUGCUCAUCUUUCUUUUUGUUUGGUGGUGUCAGUGAUGUGCCGCCAAAGUGGGAGACGUCAGCAGCUGGCCUGACCGCUGACGCAGAUAGCCUAUGGGGCGGGCGGACGCAGCCGACGGCAGGGACGGCCGUCUCAGGCGAGGUGAGGCGCUUCGUGCGACCGAAUGCAUGCGUAAGGUGUCCACUGUAUGGUUUGCCUUCUCUCUGUGUGUGUGUGUGUGUGUGUGUGUCGUGGCAGGAUGAUGAAUCCGAUGACGAUGCCCAGAAGCCGUCCAUGCAGACGACGUCGGGUUCACGCAACCCCUCACAAGCAGGCACACCGUUUGUGGCGGCACUCAACAAGGUAGGCACACACAUUUCUUAGGUAAUCCGCGUACUAUGGUCUGCGCACGUGUUUCUCAGGAUGACUCAGAAGAAGAGCAAGAGAUUAUCGACAAUUGGAAGCAUAUAGGACAGAGCUGAUGUAUGUGCACUUGGCUCUAUAGGAGAGAUGACUGGUGGUGGAGGGCAUUAGAGAUACAAAUGGCUGCGGGCAUUAGAUAAUGUGAUGGUCAUGAGAGCUGCUUCUAGGGUCUAGGGUUUGGAACCACAACCCGAGAAUCGCAGGGUUUGACCGUUAGAGUUUCGUCCCAUCGUCCCUCCUCCCUCCCCUUCCCUCCCUUGAGUCCGCGUUUCGAGUUCUCCGGGCGUCGUCGCCGUCGCUUCCCGUGCGAUCUGACAGCUCCCAGCGUCUGGGGAGCCUUCAAGUCGCUGUCAGCACGCGUCACCGCGACACCAGGAGUCGGAGCGGCGUACGAGUUGUCGCUGUGUGCUCAGCGGGAUCCCCUCUCAGCCCCUCACACCCUCAUACAGUCCCCUCCGUCUCAAAACUAGGCGCUGUGCAGUUCGCUCUGUCUUGCCAGCAAGCGUCGCUCUGUCUUGCCAGCAAGCGUCGCUCUGUCUUGUCAGCAAGCAGCGAUUGCGUGCAAGCAGCGACGGUGUGAGUGACUGUGCCAGCUAGGUGUGUGUGCUGGGCACCGCCAGCGUAUCGAGGAGAGAAACCUCACCUCCAUCGACGGCGCAGGCCGCAUCGAGGCGCGCGAGUUCAGUUGUAGUGGUUCCCUUCAACGUUGCUGCCUCUCAUCUCCAUCCCCUCUGUAUCAUCCUCAUCUUCCGUAUACUGAUUCUGUCGGUGGCGGCGAUGACGCGAGGAGAGAAAAGGAAGAAGGCGGGUUCAUAUCACCGUCUUCCGGUGCGUCGGGGUGUCAAGGAGAAGAACCCGUUUGAUGACUUCGAUUUUGAGGCUGCUUUAAAUGACGUUGACCGCGAGGAAAGCGCAGCAGCUGAAGGGGGGAAAGAGGAGACGGUUAAGGUGGGGGAAGAGCAGAGUCGCAGUGUUGUGCUUUUGAAAGAUUUGAAAGAGAGGAGGAGAAAUUGCAGGCCACCUACACCUAAGACUUCUUCUCUACUCGCUCAUUCUACUCAUUUGGUUCACUCGGGCAUGUCCAUGGGACGUAGUCGUAGUGUUGAGAAGGAGAGUGGGCAGGGAGGUGAGGAAGAGGUGGGAAAGCAAGGUGUGGGGGGCAAUGGUGGGGAGAAGAAUAAGGUUUGUUAUGGGCAGGGUGUGAAAGAUGGGGGUGAGGUGGGAGAGAUUCGGGUUCAUUCAACGAAUGGCACCGCAAUCUCUCCUUUUAACAUCACCAACCAAAUUUCUCCUGCAAAGAAACCUCGAAAGGGCUUUUUUCAGAUGGGCAAAAUAAGACUGUCUAUGUUGAAGCCUCGAGCCAUCACAAGAGAUCAGCCGCCAACGUUGUAUUGAGUCUUUUCGUCUGUCUAGUUUUUGAAAUGUGAAAUGUUUGCGAACUACUGGCUGAUUUCCGGGUUGCAUGUGAACUUGAGGGAAGGGUUCAGGCGGAUAAUUUGCGAUGACUUUGAUGGCCUUCUGUUCAUGCUUAUAUGGUGUUUGCAAGUAUGUGGUGGGGAAACCUUCCGUGUUUGGUGAAGUGAUUGAUUUUCUGAAGAAUUCGUGUGUGAGCUGUGAAGUAUGGAUUUGCUGACUGGAAGUGUUAGGACAUCCGGG